ACCCAAAAGAAAUAAACAGGCGUGUAACCUGCACGUGGCAAUCGCGCGUGCGGGCCAGCUGCACUUUCUUCUUCAUAAAACCCUAAGCCCUCCCCCAAAUCCAGCUCCAAUCCAAAAUCCUUCCCGCCGCUUUCCGUUGGCGGCGGUGCAAUUUUCUUCUUCACCAAACCCAGUGGACUAGGAGAGAAUUUUUAAUGGCGCUAUACAUCCUUUUCGAGUCGGCUUCCGCUUUUUCACUUUUCCUGGCUCAUGGGCUCGACGAGAUCGGGCAGAACACAGAGGCCGUUCGGAGUUCAGUUUCCGAUCUCAAUCGGUUCGGUAAAGUUGUGAAGCUCGCUGCUUUUCAGCCGUUUGAAUCAGCGCUCGAUGCCCUUAAACAAUGCAACUCGGUCUCUGAAGGGCUUAUGACUGAUGAAUUGAGGAGCUUUUUGGAGCUUAAUCUCCCAAAAGUCAAGGAGGGUAAGAAACCUAAGUUCAGUUUAGGUGUGUCAGAGCCUAAGAUUGGUUCACACAUAUAUGAAGUGACCAAUAUUCCUUGUCAAAGCAAUGAGUUUGUGCUCGAGCUUCUUCGUGGGGUUCGGUUGCAUUUUGAUAGGUUUAUCAAAGACCUAAAGCCUGGUGACCUAGAAAAGGCACAACUUGGUCUGGGGCACAGUUAUAGCCGGGCAAAGGUCAAGUUCAAUGUUAACCGAGUUGACAACAUGGUUAUUCAGGCCAUCUUCCUUCUUGAUACUCUUGACAAAGAUAUAAAUUCUUUCUCGAUGAGAGUCAGAGAAUGGUACUCUUGGCAUUUCCCCGAAUUAGUGAAGAUUGUCAAUGACAACUAUCUCUAUGCCAAGAUUGCAACGUAUGUGGAGAACAAGUCAGAGUUAUCUGAAGAUAAGAUCCCAGGCUUGACAGACAUACUUGGAGAUGAAGAUAAAGCUAAGGAGAUUGUAGAAGCUGCAAAAGCUUCAAUGGGACAGGAUUUAUCGCCAAUUGAUCUGAUUAAUGUGAAGCAAUGUGCUCAGAGGGUAAUGGACCUCUCAGAGUACAGGAGGAAGCUUUAUGAUUAUCUAGUUACCAAGAUGAAUGACAUUGCACCCAAUUUGGCAUCUCUAAUUGGUGAAGUUGUUGGGGCACGCUUGAUUUCUCAUGCUGGUAGUCUCACAAAUCUGGCGAAGUGCCCAUCUUCUACACUUCAGAUCCUUGGUGCGGAGAAGGCUCUUUUCAGGGCAUUGAAAACUCGGGGAAACACACCAAAGUAUGGUUUAAUUUUUCAUUCCUCCUUCAUUGGUCGAGCAUCUGCCCGAAACAAGGGUCGAAUGGCCCGUUAUCUUGCAAACAAGUGCUCCAUUGCAUCUCGAAUUGAUUGUUUUUUAGAUGGGAAUACCACUGCCUUCGGGGAGAAACUCCGUGAACAAGUUGAGGAACGGCUGGACUUUUAUGACAAGGGAGUUGCACCUCGCAAAAACAUUGAUGUAAUGAAAGCUGCAAUGGACGGUGCUCAAAACAAAGGAGCAGAGAUGGACGUGGAGGCAUCUGAACCUUCCGUAAAGAAGAGCAAGAAAAAGAAAUCCAAGGUUGAAGAGGAUGACACAAUGGUAGAAGAUAACUGCCAGGCCAAUACAAAUGGAGAUGCUUCUGUGGAUCUCAAAUCCGAAAAGAAGAAGAAGAAGCGAAAAUUAGAGCAGGAGUCUGAGGUGGUGCGAGAUCAGGCUCCCAUGAACUCAAAUGGUGCGAAUGGGUUCAGUGCGGAGGAAGGAUCAACAAAGAAGAAAAAGAAGCAGAGUAAAGAUGAAAAUGGACAUCUCCUGGCUGAUGGUGAGGGCAAGACAAAGAAGAAGAAGAAAAAGAAGUCAAAAAGCGAAGACAACGAGUGAGCUAAUUAUUUUUGUGUUUUAUUAAGAGCUAAAACUGUGUAGAUAUAUUGGAUAGAACCAGAACACUUCUCAAAAGCUGCCUCGAGUUAUAAUUUGAUUGCUUUCUCCCUUCGGCUUGGAUGUUAGAAUAAAGAGCAAUCUCUUGACAGUGAAUGAGAUGGAAGCACAAGCACUUUGCUGUCUCCAA